UCACUUUCACUCACUGCCCAGCCUUCGCCAUGUGCACUGGGAAGUGUGCCCAUUUUGUGGGGCUCUCCCUCAUUCCCCUCUCCCUGAUCUGCAUCAUGGCUAACGCCCUCCUGCUGGUGCCUAAUGGGAAGACCACCUGGACCAAUGUGGAGCAGCUCAGCUUGCAUGCCUGGCUCAUGGCUGGCUUCAUCGGUGGGGGCCUGAUGGUACUGUGUCCGGGAAUUGCAGCCCUUCGGGCAGGGGGCAAAGGCUGCUGCGGCGCAGGCUGCUGUGGAAAUCGCUGCCGGAUGCUGCGCUCGGUCUUCUCCUCGGCGUUCGGCGUGCUUGGGGCCCUCUACUGCCUCUCGGUAUCAGGAUCUGGGCUCCGAACUGGACCCAGAUGUUUAAUAAACACUGGCUGGACUUACCCCUUCAAAGAAACUGCAGGCUCUUACUUGCUCAACCGAACUGAGUGGAGUUUGUGCGUGGAGCCGCCGGGUGUGGUCUGCUGGAACGUGACGCUCUUCUCGCUACUGGUAGCCGCUUCUUGUCUGGAGCUCGUGCUUUGCGGGGUGCAGCUGGUGAACGCGACAAUUGGUGUCUUCUGCGGCGAUUGCAGGAAGAAGGAGGGCGCCGUUCACUGAGGCUCCACUGACCGCACUGCCCGCGCCUGGACACCGUCCUGACCCGCCCCCGCUCCCGCCCGGGAAUAAACUGUUUUGAGGUCU